AUGGACUCCGAGAAGAUGGAACUAGACAACACAAAUAGAGAAGUUCCUGCUGAAAUGGAUAAGGACCCUCCGCUUGAAAAUCCCGCCCAAGCUCAAGUAUCACUGGAGCAAGAUAUCGUAUCUGAACCUUCAAUACCCGCCGCGACUUCGACUACGAUGCCGGCGCAUGUGCAGAUGGAGGCAGGAUCUGCAGAAACACCACCAGCUGAGAGCCCAAAGCUCACCAGUGCCCUAGAAGCACUCAUCGGAGGUCUUGACACAUCAGCGCCACUUGCUGCGGAAUCCCCUCUACCGUCCGCUGCGCCAGCGCCGGCAGAUGCUGGAGAUGUUGACGAAGUUGCGCCCAUAGACUUAAACCUGGUAGACGUCCAGAAUGUGCCUGUUGAUCUUGUCCCUGGUGAAUCCAAGGAAUCAGAGUCAAACGUCGAACCCCUCACUGAGCAGCAAACGCCUGCCCAGGCCCCUACGGCUGCCGAGACCCCUAUAGCUCAAGACGUGCAUCUGGUUGACGCGCCGUCUACAAUUGAGGAAGCCGCCGGUGAAGACGAGCAUCCGGAAUGGGAGAUUGACUCCUCACCGAUUGAAUCCUCGUCAGAUGAUUCCUCGAGCGACGACAGCUCGUCCGAUGACGAUAGCGACGAGGGCGACAACGCGUAUAAACUUCUAAGUCUUGAAGAGCAAGCUCGGAUAUUGAUGGAAGAAGGUGGAGGUUCUGAUGAUGAAGGCGGCAAAAAAGGAGCGAAAGGGGCAGGAGCUCAGCUGCGAACAAAAAACGAGAUUCCUGAACUGGUCAUUCCCAAACCAGAUGUUACAAUCACCGAAGAAAUGCCCAUCGAGGAGCUAGGAAAUGUCGAGGCAAUCGUUGACAAUAUCCUACUUAUCAGGGCGAAAACAUCAGGAGAAUAUAGAGUACUUGAGAGCGGCUCCGUACUUUGCUUGGAUGAUAGGAGUAUAAUUGGCGUCGUCUCCGAAACCCUUGGACGGGUGCAACAACCGUUGUAUUCGGUACUCUUUACCAAUGCUGGGGAGGUUGCGGAGGCGGGGUUGUCAGUAGGAACUAAGGUUUUCUACUCUGACAAGCAUGCCACUUACGUCUUUACUCAAGCUUUGAAAGCUUAUAAAGGAUCGGAUGCCUCAAACUUACACGACGAGGAAGUUGGGGCUGACGAGAUGGAGUUCUCAGACGACGAGGCUGAGAUGGAGCACAAGCGAAGAAUUAAGCAACAGAAGCUUGAACGCCGAGGCGGGAAGAUGCAACAGAAUAGUGGCCCACGCCGCGGAGGUCAUCCUUUGCAACAGCAAAAUACACCUUAUGACGCUAGCACGGGUGUCAAUUAUGACGACGGCGACGACGAUGGUCCAUACAAGCCUCUCUCACGGCCGGUCGGAUAUGCAGAUUCUGUUGGACGUAGCGAAGCGCCCCAAGAGGAGCCAUAUCAAGGUGGGGCCAGUGGCUAUCCACAUAACCAGGGCAGAGAUCAAUUUAGAGGCCGAGGAAGAGGUGAUAGAGGCAGAGGUCGCGGGGAUAGAGGACAGGGUAGAGGCGGUUACUCGAACCAACGUGGCGGUGGUCACUCUCUUCCUCAAAGUCGUCCAAGUUAUCCACUUCCAACUCAGAGCCCUACUACGGGUUUCCCGCAACCACCUUUCCAACCGCAAGGGAUGCCAUUUCCACCAUCAUCUCAGGCACCACAAAACUCUUCAGCCAUCCCCACCGCUAACUAUCCAAACAUGGAAUACUCGCCACAUUCACCACAGCUGCCCAGUUGGCCACAGUUCCCGCCGCAGCUCCCCUUUCAACAACCAUUCCAACAACCAUUCCAGCAACCAUUUCCAAACAUGCAAAAUAACUGGCCAGCUAAUCCUACUGGACUUCCAGGCGGAACUUUCAUCAACCCAGCUUUUUUUAACAAUCCCCGAGGUGGUGCGCCUACACAGUGGGGCCAUCAAGGGCAACAGAACGGAAGAGGCGGAAGUGGUUCUUAA